AAUCCGGCGGGGGAGGAAUAUCAUUUUAUUUUAAUCAUAAUUUUAAGCGCAUGGAAGCAAGCAUGUCAAAUGCACUGACAGCAAAACCUAUAAAUUAUCCAACAUUAUUGUAAUUUUAUUAUUACACACAAGUCGCUGAAAAGUUUGACGCUCAAGAUCUGGCUGGAACUACUUCUUGUCAACCAAACCUCUGCUCUCUCGUUCUGAAAAGGUAAGCUAUUAUCGAUGAGGUAAACGUAUAUUUAAGAUACUAUCCUAUACAGUUUUUUAAAAUUGUUUUUUAGGUUGGUUUAAUGUUAUUAUGUUUGACGUACAUUGCCCGGUGCUUUGCAUCACCAAUAUAAAUUAAUUGACUUUGUAAACUGCAAAAAUAGGCUAAUACACUGUGCUAGCUAGCUAGCUAGUCUAACGUUAUGUCAUGCAAGGUCAUGAACCGGUGCACAUUCAUUGGACUCAGACCAAUGUUUAUCUUUGCUGGCAUGGUCCUUUUUACAUCUCAUAGCUUGCUAGGUAUGACAUUUAUUGUAUUGUAUUUUUUAUCUUUUCUUACUUGCAGCUCAAGUCACGCAUUUUCUGGAAUAUCCUUAUUACCUCACCAUAUCCUUGCCUUACAGUAGCCUAUUUCAUAAUUUAUCAGGACGUACCUGUGUAUACCUGUGUCCACCUAUCUCUGUCACCUGUAUUACGCCCUCCACAGGCUCUGCCUGUCUUUCUGUUUCUGUCUUUCUGUUUGUCUGUGUUUGUGUGCAUCUCCAGGCUCCAGUGAUCCAGUCCAUCCUACCUGCACAAGAUCCACACCUGCGGUCCAGUUUCCCAAUAACUUGCGAUGACAUACCCUGGUUUGCCCUCCACUCACCGCCAGAUCGUUGUUUUUACAACCUGAAACAUCCCACUCGCCAUCUGCCCAUUUGUCUGUCUGCUCUUUCAACUCAAUGAUGAGUGAUUUGCAGUUGAUGGAAUUGGAGGAUGAGCUCAGGAGUGCAGAUACAUUUAUUGAACAUCUCAAGACAGAAGAGACAGAGAAGAACAGACAGAAAACUAGGACUGCAUCACCAAAACCUGUUCAUUGGAAGAUGAGGGACCACAAUGGGGACAUUGUUCACCAGCGCCCACGAGCCCUUAGAAAGCAGUCAACAUCAAGACCAGACGAAGGAGGACAUGUUUCUUCUUCACAGCCAUUAGACCAUGGCCAACACCUAGACCAUGAUUUUAAUAUGCAGCAGCUUGAGGACCUUCUACAGGACUCAGAGAACAUUGAAUCACAAGAUUUUGUUCAGCAGCCACCAUUGUCCAGUUGGAGUCAAAGGCAGAAAGAGGUCCAACAAUGUUGGCAACAGGCGAGACCACAGAACCUUGACAAUUUAUUUUCUGCUGAGAACAUCGUCCAGAUGACAUGCAAUCACUGUCACGUGAAAGAAGCUGUCAUCCGUUGUGGGGAAUGUAUGCCCUCAGAGUGGUUUUGUGCUGAGUGUGAUGGCUUGGUACAUAAACACCACACUCUACACAACAGGCAAACCAUCAUGGAUGGAUUUUUCAAAUACAUCCCGCCAACAGAGUCUGUGACACUCCAUGAUGGAAAAUACAUCAUUUGUGAACAAGAUUGUGUUCUGCCAACAGCUCUACCUCAAAGGAUAUGCUCCUGUGACACCGCUGAUGCAGCAGUCUCUGUUGGUAGAUCCAUCAUACUGGUUUGCAUAAAUGGCCGUUAUGAUCUUCACGUUCCGGUGCUAACAUGCAAACAUUGCAACCAGAAAUGGGCUCCAGAAGUCAGUGACUUUGUAAAGAGUGGUUACUGGCCCGCUACCAUGCAGGCACAGACACUGUUCCACCAAGAUCUCUUCCAUUCCUUUGAGGCUAUGAAGACAGCAGCUCCAGGAAUGUCCAGACAAGCCUUUACAGCAAUGUUGGACCAGAGAACAAAGCAAUAUGGAAGAACUGGCAAAGUGAAUGCAGAUGCAUUUCAGAGAAGUUUUCUGCAAUUUGUGUACUGCAACUAUGAAGACAACCAACUUCUUGGAAAGGAGCCAUUGGUCUGUCCAGCCUGUAGCCCUGAAAUGGUGGCUGUUUCUGUGGAUGGCAACAGAAAGUUGUACAGGUUCCAGAAAACAAACCAGAGUGAAGAGCCAGGGUUCUUCGAUGGAGUGUUUUUAGCCCGAGACUCUGAGGUGUCCAGUUUUGUUGAGGAGGUCCGGGGAACUGUCAAGAGUGUAAGUUUUACAUUAUUCUGAACAACAUUUAUUGGGAAUAUUUUGUAACUAAUUAAAGUUAAAGUAGAAAACACGAUUGCCUUUGGAGAAGGGAGUCUAUGAUCAGGUGGGGAUACAGCACUAGAUUCUUAUCCAGGGGGCACAGUACAUUCAUACUGCAUAUUGCUUUAUCCUUCAAAUGUAAGAUAGGUCAGGCCAAGUGUGGAAGAAAUUGCGAUUUCCUGUGUGCUUACAUUAUUCACUAAUCAAUAGAACUAGUCAUUGGAUACUAGUUAGUAUGUUCUCAUGUAAGCUUGCUAUUAAUAAGAGUAGAUUGUGUCUGUGUCAGGGUUAAUAGAUGUUCGGGAUCAGGAGAAAGUACUGGGUAAACGUCCUUUGUCAUGACUAC